AUGUCUUUCGUUCUUUCUGUCACGUCGGGGGAGAUCUACGGAGCACGACCUGUUCGCAUGCAUGUAGGCACUGUGUGCUUUAUUGCUGAAAGGGCGUUUUUCUGCGCCUCUUUUCAUAGCAACAUUUCUGCUCUGAUGUAUGUCCGGCCACACACCGGCAAAGACUGGCGUGUGGACGGUGUGGAGAGAUCCUCGCGGAGAGGCAGCCAGGAUGAAGGAGAACAGCAACCGGAAGGCUCUUUGGUGGCAGCCACCGUUCAACCUUCGAGGUGCCGCCGGCCCCAGCCUUUGAAACAGGCGCCGUCGGAGGAGCUGGUGGAGCCGCCCACGGAGGCAGCGGCUAAGGCUGCUAAGUCAGAGCCCGUGCAAGCAGGUGGGGGUCCAGUCAGAGCGCUGGGCACCCUGCCCGAAAAACAGAGCGACGUGACUGUCGGGAUGGGUCGCGAUGCUCAGUGGGCUAUCCAUGUCGCGAUAUCCCAGACAAACAGCCCGAAGGCCGGAACGUGA